CGAGAGUUCUCGUGUUCUCGUCAAUGUUGCAUUGUGGGUAAACGAGCCAUGUUUUACGGUUAAAUGUUGUGUACUCGAAAAUAGCAGCACAAACAAGAGUUGGUUUGAUCUGUUUGUGACCGAGUGUGAUCACCGUCUGACUGGAUUAUCGACACGUCGGUUUCAAGUCGUCCAGUGACGACCGGGGCAUCUACACCACAAUGUUCGGUGUCGAAGCAGUGAUCGCUUCUCGCGCUUUGAUUUUUGAUGCUCACAAGUUGACCUCGUAGUAUCACUUUAGGCCCAGGUGUUGCUGUUAAUUUGACGCCAAUUAAUUUAAAAACUUCUCAUGAAGUGUGAACCCAUACGCCGGACCCUGUCAACGUGCGUGGAAUGUUGUCGGAGAUGAAGAAAACGCAAGCGGGACCGAGAAGUGUGUGAGAUCUGCAGCGGGAACCGGGGCCAGCGCCUUGCUGGGGCCCGGCGGGGGCCCCAGCGCCCCGGGCAGGCUCGGGGCAGAGCCCCCCGGCCAGGCGGGGCAUGGCCCAGGCGGCCCCAUGGCAGCGCUCCAGCUGAGGGUGCCCUCCACUGCCGGGCCCACGCUGGUGGCUCCUCUGCACUGGGGCACGGGCCCCCUCGGGGGUCUGCCACCCCUCUCCCCACUGCAACAAGCAGCGGAAGACAAGGGGCGUGAGCUGCUCAGCAGGGCAGAGAGUCCCAGGGGAAGCCUGGAUGUUGCAGCAGAUGCCGGCACCAGCAAAGAUGCGAGGCUGGCGUCGUGCUACCCUCCGCCCGUGCCUGUGCCUCCGGGCUGGCGACGCUCUCUGGUCCGGGGCAGGAUCGUCUACUUUAGCCCCAGCCACCACCAGCUGCGCAGCGUGGAGGAGGUGGCAGCCUACCUGCAGACGGAAGGGGUGUGCAAGUGCGGCCUGGACUGCCCCCUGGCCCUGGACAGGACCUUCAGCUUCGACCCGGCCGCUCCGUCGCUCCCCUGGUCGCCCGGGGACGAUGCGACCGGGCGCCCUUCGCAGAGGCCCUGCCGGACGCUGCCGAUCGCGGCCGUGGUCACCACCACCACCACCACCACCACUACGACCAGGACCACUCCACCGGCGGUUGUGCCACCUCCAACGGUGCACGCGGUCCCGGUGCCGGCAGCCUCGCUUCCUGCGAAACCAGUUCCUGCCACCUCGGUUCCCACCGUCCCGGCCCCUGCCACUCCGGUGCCCGCCACCUCGGUGCCUGCACCGGUCAAGCCGGCGAGAAAAGAGACCACACGGAAACGCAACUCCCGCGCCAAGCAGCGGGGUCCCUUCAACGGCGUCCUGGUGUCCCAGCUACUGGCCCAGCUGGACCGGCGUGGGGCCUUGCACAAGCAGACGACUCCGGUGUCCCAUUCGAGCCCCGUUCCCAUGGCAACACUCCAGCAAAGCCACUCGCCCACUCCGCCGUGGCAGACUGGCUUCAAGCCGAAUGUGGUGCAGUGCCAGCACAUUCCUCCCCUGCCAAACGGGGCGGGUACGGCGGUGUCCCAGGGCACGUUCCUGGGACACUCUUAUCAGGGUGGCACUCUUAUCAACGCCUGUUCCAGUCCCCCUUCCUUUCCCGGAACCACCGGCCACGUCGGGGUCUCCGGCGCACGCCCCAAGCCCCAGAGGAAGAGCAACCCCCGCACGAGGAUGCCCAAGCUGAACGCCAUCAUCUCCAAUCGGGCAGCGUGUCCCAACGUGGACGUGGGGCAGAUGGCGGGGGCCGCGAGGACUUACCCGUGCCAGGGGACGUACUACGGGUGCUCCGGCCACGAGAGCCAUGCGCCGCCGUCUUCAGUGGCCCUUCCGUUUGUGCCGUGCCCCACAAGGGAGGUGCCUCCAAGGACUACGUACGCCGCCUGCGGGCCCCACGAGUACGCCGUGCCGCGGUUCGUGACCUCUCGGUGCGGGCCGGGCCUCUCGCACGGCACCCAGGUGGGGCUGCUGCCCCAGAAUGGGCUGUCGCUGGUGUCGGCGUCGCCUCUGCAGACGCAGUGCAGCGUGACUGUGUCGGCGGCCCCUUUUGCAGUGGCGCACUCCCCGAACACCUCUGGGAGCGGCAUUGUGGUGCAGCAGGUGUACAACCAAAAGGGCUACUCGGAGGCCAAGACGAUUCAGCAGCAGAUGGGGGUUGCCUCGCACCGGCCGAUGCUCGUGGAGCCCCCGAGGACGCUCUCCGGGGCGCCCUUCCUGCAGCAGCCCGUGCUGGGCCACUUCUCACCACGGCUGGCGGAGGGGCCCCGGACGUGCGGCGGCACCGUGGAGUGCUCGACCCUGGUGCUGCCUGCCCAGCCAGCCAUGCCGCCGCUCUCCGUGCCCAACGUGACCAACGUCACCACGACGGUGGCCCAAGUGGUGCCCACGGUGGUGCAGCUCAUCAACCCGCUGAACCAGAAUGCGGCGCUGCUCAUCCCACAGCUGCCUACCCUGCGGCUGGACGCGCUGCCGGGGUUCGGCUCUCCCGCUGGCCUCUUCAGUCCCGGCAGCGCCUUCCUGUCCCCGUCUCCCAUCCCGGUGCUAGGCUCCCCCGUUGGCUCCGACCCCGGCUCGAGCCCCUCCAUUCUCAACGUGGGCACUGUGCACCAGCAGCAGUUCUACGCCGAAGCCAUCGGGGCCCAGGCAGGGGCCCUGCAGGGAAACCCGCUGGGGCAGCAGCACUGUGUGUCCUGCGGACCCAGCGCCCUGACAGACUCUGUGUGCGACGUCAACGUUUGCCGGCUGGGCAUGGCCAAUGGGCUGACAACAUCUCUGAAAGAUACACACAGAAAGCCAACAGUUCUGUACCUUGUUCCUAUAUCUCCAAGGGUGGACGACGGCGGGGUCAAGCCCAAGUGCGGCCCCACGGAGGUCGGGAGGGGCCCCCUGAACGUGGUGAGCCUCACCGUGUCCGGCCUGCAGCAGACGACGCUGCCCACGGUCACCGUGUUUCCGGCUGGCCAGGGCCCUGUGGUGCAGCCGCCCCUGCUCAACUACGGGGCCCUGCCCUCGGUGAGCCCACCCCAGCUCGUGAUGGGCAUGAUGCAGCCCCUGGGGCUCCUGGGCAUGCCCAUGCACAACGUGGGGCCUUCCAUUACCCUCCUGCAAGAGACCCCCUGCGCAGGCAGCGGCACCGUCACGCACCAGCCCGAACAAAAGCUCGGGCUACCCUCCUUUACCAGUCAGGACGUCAACCCGACGUCAGCGCCGGUUCCUCCUUUCCAUCAAGAGGUCAGCGAAGUCUGCAUCCACGACGGAUCCCACGACAACUCCUGCGACGAUGUCCAGGACUGCACGUCCGAAGAGGAAUCGGCGACGACGUGUUACGUCGACCACGACUCCGAAGGCCUGGAAGAAUGUGCGGAAGGUAGCGAGGAGUGCGAGAACUCAGAGCGGUUCUUCACUGCCGUGACGGAAGAGGGCGAGGCAGCGAGGCCGGAGAGCGGGGGUUUCUCGGCGUGUUGCAACUGCAGCAGCCCCGGCAACAACAGUCCCGGCGACAGCCUCGGCGAGUCCGGCGAGAGCGGUCGCCUGUGUGCGCGCAGUGUCGGGGUGCAGAGCGUGGCAGUGCCGGCAGAGGACGAAGGCAGUUCGGCCGUGUCUUCGACGGUCGUCGUCAGGUCAGACAACAUCCCCAACGACCACCAGGCGGCGCCCGAGUGGGAGUCCGUGGGGACGGAGCAGGAGGGGCACAUCUCGUCGAGCACGGAAGCAGCGGAUGACUCCGGCUGCUCGGCGCUCGAUCUGAGCCACCUGCAGCAGAGAGACUUUCCAGUGGAUGACGUGCCGGACAAAGGACGGCAGCCGGAGGCCACGACGGGCGGCAGGGACUCUGGCGUGGAGUCGAGCCACGAGCCGUCACGAGGACUCUCGACCCUCGCGGAAGAGGCCAAGGACAACACGUCGGACGGGGGAGACGGAGCACUGAAACAGAAAGCCAAGCGGGACCCCAAGCGCAGGAGGAGAGAGCUGUUGUUCCUGAUGCAGGACGAGUUCAGAGACGACUCAGACGAGGAAGAGCGGGACUCACCCCCGCUUCCCCCCCAGCCCCGGACGUUUGACAUUGGGGACCUGGUGUGGGGUCAAAUCAAGGGCUUCCCCUCGUGGCCAGGCAAACUGGUGCGGCCAGACCAGGUUCGAGGCCACCACAUCAUGUCCGAGGAUGGCAAGCUUUGGGUGCAGUGGUUUGGUGACCAUACUUUCACCCAAGUGGAGCCCGACAAGUUGAAGACUCUUUCGGAGGGGCUGGAGGCUCACCACAGGGCUCGCAAGAAAUACCGCAGGGGUCGAAAGCUGAACGGCAACCUGGAGAACGCCAUUCAGGAGGCCAUGAUGGAGUUGGACCGUCAGACUGGCACAGUCAUCCCCUGACCUGCGCCCAGACUCAUGCCCCGCCCUUCUACCCCUUCAGUUUUUUUUUGUUUUAACCACAGUCCCGCGUUUGUUGUUUCUCGCUAGCUCGCCCCACACAUUUGUUGUUUGCCCCCUUCCCCUCGUGUAGAGGAAGAGCUGAGCUUGCUGCACUUCUGUAUAGUAUAGAGAGAGGGGAAAAAGAAAGAGGAAUGGAGAUCUUUUUUAUACAGAUGCUAUAUAUAUAUAUAUAUAUAAAUAUAUAUAUAUAAAUAUAUUAUAUAUGACAGCGUUGCUGUUGACGUUUGCCGUUCGUCGUUUGUUUGAUUGUUUUUGCAUGACGCCCACCACUUUCUUCUCGCCUCGCAAUUCAUCGCUUGCUUCCUUCCCGUACUGCCAGUUCUGGCCUACAAAGAAAAGGAUGGGAAGAGUUUAGUGGGAGGGCGUUUACUUCUUUUAGUCCUCGAGACAAUUGCUCUGCGGCGUUUUUUGUUUCCCAGUGUUUUUUUUUUGUAGCGGUGAAAGAGAUGGUGACCACCACCCGGUUGUUGAGCCUUUUUGGCAAGAUUGCGUUUUGCAUUUUUAAUGAAAUUCGUGCUACAAGAAACGAUUGAAAGCGAUGCAAUGGCUGUCCCGCUCCGCGCGAGCUGUGGCUGCCGGGUUAAAAUCCCGUAUUUUAUUUCUGGGCCGAUAGUCUCGACAGAGAGCCGAAGUGAGAUGCUAUUUUUGUUUUACACGAAUACAAGCAAAAUAAAAAGAGAAUGAGGAAAUUA